AUGCGGAACUUCAUUUCUAGGUUAACACACAAGAGACGUGACAGCAAGACCGAAUCAGGGCCUGGUUUUCAAGAAACAUUUCAAGAAAGCAUUUACCGAUAUCGCAAGCAGCGCGGAGUUAAUCUUGGAUCGUGGUUCGUUUUAGAGCGGUGGGUAUCCGGAUCCCCAUUUCAAGGCGCCGCCGGCAACGGACAAAGUGAUCUGGAUGUUGCCAAGGGUCUCCAUGCGAAGCAGGUUCUAGAACAUCACUGGGACUCCUGGAUCACCUCCAACGAUUUCGAAUGGCUCGCGGCAAGGGGAAUCAACACUGUGCGGAUCCCAAUCGGAUACUAUCAUAUCUGUGCACUGGACCCAUCGAUCCUUACUCGAACCGACUUCGAUGGUCUUCAACAUGUUUUUGAAGGUGCAUGGAGUAGACUCGUUGCCGCGGUAAUCACUGCCCAGAGCUUUGGAAUUGGGGUGUUGUUUGACCUCCAUGCAGCUCCUGGUAAACAAAAUAAAGAUUCACAUUCCGGAACGUCGUCCCCGGUAAUAUCAUUUUUCAACAGCAAAUUAAACAUGCAGCUAGCCAUUCGCACUCUCCGGGCACUGGUCACACAACUCAUCGCCUUGCGGGCACAUGAACCCGCAAUUGACAAUAUAGUUGGUGUACAGCUUCUCAACGAGCCUCACCCUUCAUCACACCAAACACUCUACAACUGGUACAGGGAGGCGAUCCAAGAGAUAAGAGAUAUAGACCCUGGUUUCCCAAUCUACAUAUCAGACUGUUGGAUGACUGAUCAAUAUGCCGAUUUCGUCACACACUUACCCUCUUCCUUGGCGCUAACUUGCGUCGACCAUCAUCUGUACCGGUGUUUCACAGAGAGCGAAAUUUCAACCUCAGCAGCGCAGCAUACUGCAUCCCUUGCUGAUCGGAAUGCCCCUUUUCCACAAAUGUUCUCCCGCGUUUCAGAGAAACUCGCAGCAUCAGGAAGUGGUCUCAUAGUGGGCGAGUGGUCAGGAGCUUUGAAUCCAGGCUCUUUGCAAGGCACAACCGACGAACAUCAGGCAAGAGCAUCUUACAUUCGGGCUCAGCUUGACUUGUUCGAGUUGUACUGCGCUGGAUCGUUCUUUUGGACAUACAAAAAAGAGUUGCCUGGAGACCAAGGAUGGUCUUUCCGAGACGCAGUUGAAAAUGGCAUCUUUCCCGAGGUCGUGGGCAUGGUUCCAGUAAAGGAUUAUGUUGGACUUGGUGCAGACAUUAACGCUAGAAAGGUGACCGCUAGAAAUGUAGCCUUGGGCCAACAUGCAUCCUACUGGGCCCGUUUCCCUGGUUAUUACGAGCAUUGGCGUUUUGAAGCCGGUUUUGAUCAAGGCUGGAUUGUUGCUUAUGACUUCUUCACGUCCGAUCGGGCGGGCCGGAAUGCCGUCUCAGAACUGGGAUUCAAGGGCUGCAUUGCGAAAAGGAAGGCGCAGGAUCACAUACGUGAAAACGGGCGCAACAACAACAUUUGGGAGUUCGGUGAGUGUACUAUUCAAGAUAGUUUCCCUUUCUGGGUUUUGCCGCUUUUCGGCCGGUAG